AUGAAAUCCGCAUGUUUUUUCAGAAGAGCAAAUUUCAGCGAAAAGAAGAGCAAGCUAACAGAAAGAGAACCUGAGAACUUUUUCGCGUUGUACGCAACGGUGAUCGAAAGUGAAGACAGAGAUGAUAUAUCUCCACGGGAGAUCACAGUUGAGAAUGAAGAUAUUUAUUGCAAUAACGCAAAGGAAGUAGGCAAAUUCAAACUGACAGUGGCCGAUUUACCUGAAUAUGUACAAUACAUAUGUUUAAAGGAUCUUGAAGAAGAAUUUCAGAGAUUACCAUAUGGUCUCGUUAAACCCUAUGAAGUUUCACAAACGAGGCUUAACAUGCACAAAAAUAGAUACAAAGGAAUCUAUCCAUAUGAUGAUACGCGUGUUGUAGUACGCGGAGGAGACACAGACUAUAUCAAUGCUAGCUAUAUAGACGGUUUCAGGAAACGAAAUGCAUACAUAGCUGCUUUGGGUCCAAUGGCUAAGCAGCUGGGUGAUUUUGGUCAAUUCUGGAGCAUGGUCUGGCAGCAGAAAGUGGAGAAAAUUGUCAUGAUGACCAACUUGGUAGAGGGUGAGAAAACCAAUUGUGAGCAAUAUUGGCCUGAUAGUGGAGAAAAGAAAGUAUACGGCGAUAUAGAAGUGGUGUGCAGGGUUGAAAAAGUGUACGCAGAUUUUAUUUGGAGACAGUUUACGUUUUCCCAGGAUGAACAGAAUUCCGAAGAAAGAAAUCUGCAUCACUUUCAGUUCACAGCUUGGUCAAACAAGGACACUCCUGAUGACGUCACAUCAAUUAUAGAGUUUAGACAAAAAGUGAACGCCUUGUCGACUACCUUUGACGGAUCAGUGAUAGUUCAUUGCAGUGCUGGUGUUGGCAGAACCGGAACCUACAUAGCUCUGGACAUUCUGACUAACGAGGGUGAGGCAGAAGGAGCUAUAGAUAUCCCGGGAUGUGUUCUCAACAUGAGACAGAACAGGCCCAGCAUGAUUCAGACUUUGAGUCAAUACAAGUACCUACACCAGGCAUUGGUCCAUUCAUUGACUGUUGAUUGCUCGUUGAUAAAAAAAGAACACUUCCAUGCAUAUAUGACUAUGAUGUCGAGCAAACGGGCGAUACAGAGGCAGUUUGAGAAAAUGCAGUUGAAUCAGAAGCAAAAGUCUGAUGGGGAGGUUACGGAAAAGAAUUGGCUUCUGACAAAUAAUAACAGAAACCACGCAGCUAUACCAGGUGAUUCCAACAGACCGCGUCUUUAUCUGUUUUUGAAACCAGGCGAAUAUGAUUACAUUAAUGCGAUAUAUAUCGACAGUUUCAAAACAAAAAACCGCUUCUUGGUUGCACAAACACCUCUGCCUGACACCGUUUCCGAUUUCAUUGCACUUGCUGUUCAGGGGAACUGUUCCUGUAUUGUUAGUAUGGAGGCACAGGGGAUUGGCUUAUACGUUCCUGGUGACAAUCUAUCAAUGAAGAAAAGUGUGAUUUCCAUAUUUUCCACCAGAGAACAAAGUACACAACACUUUGUAAAAAGAAAGCUACAUUUUAAACACGACGGAAAGAACAAGUCGGAGUUGAGAAUACCACACUAUGAAUAUUUGGACUGGGAUAGAAAUCACAAUACUCCGAAGUCGGCAGAAAACUUUGUUGCCUUCAUCAAAGAGGUUGAAGACGCAUCCAAAUCAUCUCACAUGCACGGACCGAUACUGGUGCAUUCACUAAGAAGUCCUGUCUACAGCAGAAAUGACAGCUAUUGCCACCAAACACUUGGCCACCAGCAGUAUUUCCGCACUGAAAGAGGGAGCGUUAAUUUUAAACUGAGUACAGCAGGAAUGACAAGUAUUGACUCAAAAUACUUGGAUACCAACAGUAGUGCCGCAAUGGAAGAGGGAGCGUUAAUGGUGAACUGA